CCAGAACUUUUGGUGCUGUUUUAUUUUGUGUUUCUGGGUUUGUCCGAACUUUUCCAGAAGUUUUUGUCCCUUUUUGUGGAAUUUCAGAUCAGUUUUUUUUUUUUAUUUCUAGGGAUUUCCCAGUCUGGUUCUGGUUCUAGGGAUUCUGGACCGGUUCGUUGCUGCACCUGAAUGGAAUGUGAUUGUGGGUUUAAAAGUUGCGCCGAAUAGAACUUCAACCAGAACCGGCAUCACCUCCCAGAGGAUCUGAACAGAACCAAUAUUUGGAGAUCCAGAAAUGUUGGUUCUGCUUCUCCUGGUUCUGGACCUGCUGUCCUGCAGAGCGGCGCCUCCGGUCCACUCCCUCCCAGACCCGCUCCUGGACUACGACCCGCUGGACGAGGAGCUGGACGCACGGAGGCGCAGCGGGAACAGAACCGGCACCGGUACCGGUGGGAUCAGGGAAUGCGGACCUUGCGACCCGGAGCUGUGCCCGGAGACGCGCGGCUGCCGGGCCGGACUGGUUCUGGACUCCUGCGGCUGCUGUCAGGAGUGCGGGAACCUGGAGGGCCAGGCCUGCGACCCGGGGCCCCGGAGCGAGUUCUACGGGCUGUGCGGAACCGGGCUGCGGUGCCGGGCGGACCCGCGGCCCGGUGCGGCAGGAGAGGAGGAAGAGGAGGUGUGUGUUUGUGAGCAGCAGGAGGCGCUGUGCGGUACCGACGGAACCACCUACAUGAACAUGUGUCAGUUCAAAGAGGCCGCCUUUUCCGACCCGAACCUCCGAACCGCAGGGAGGGGCCCCUGCAGUACAGUCCCUGUGAUCAAGGUGCCCCCUCAGAACCAGGUGAACGGGACCGGCAGCAGCCUGCUCUUCCUCUGUGAAGUCUUUGCGUUCCCCAUGGCGCUGGUGGAGUGGAGGAAGGACGGACGGGACGUCAUCCUACCUGGAGACGACCCUCACAUCUCUGUCCAGUCCAGGGGGGGUCCUCUGAAGUUUGAGCUCUCCAGUUGGCUGCAGAUCGAAGGGGCGAAGCCAGGUGACUCAGGAACCUAUCAGUGCACAGCGCGGAACCACCUGGGAUCAGUGUCUGCCUCCGCUGUGCUGGGAGUACUGGGAGCAGAGGAGCUGUCGUCCUACCUGUCCAGCAGAGUGUCUGGGAAGAAGCAGCUGAUGGACGACUAUGACCAGGACUACCUCUGACUAUUGUGUGAUGUCACUUCCUGUCAGCAGUCGCCAGUAAAGGCGUGAUGUUGGGCUUUUAUUUUGGUGGGGCAGCAGGAUGCAGCUGUAUCUGAGCUCAUCAAGGUGUGGCAGGUUUCCUCUGAGGGUGUUACUCACCUGCAAGGAUGCAGGUUCUGAGUUUCCUGAUGAAGUUCAGCUUUUCACAAUAAAAGCCCAAACCGAGCGUCUGAUUGUUAGAUGGAAACACUUCCUUGGAAACACUUCCUGUUUCUGGGACGACUCCACUUCAUCCAGGUUGUUCCAUCUUCCAAUCAGGACUCAGAGGAAUUUUCCCAUCAUGCUUCAUGGCGAGGCGGAGCUCAGAUGCUGCUGCUGAGGGUCGUUAGCUCUGGGUUUGUUAGACGAAGGAGGUGGACCAUCAGAGGACGCUCUGUUGAAAUCUUUUCUCCUAUAAUAAACUCUGUGACAUUAAUCCA